GCAGCGCCGAGUGAAGUGGCCUUCCGCGGAAGGGAAGAGUCCCGCAGUCGGAGGCGGCCGGCUGGGCGUGAGCUCGCUACCCGCAGCCGGGGCUGGGCCGGAGCCCGGCGAGGGCUGGGGCUGGGUCGGGCCAGGUUCAGCGGGCAAGGGGCAGCGGUCGCAGCCGGGCAGCCAGGCCGCACCGGGCAGGGGACGGCGGGCUCGGGGGCUGCGAUCUCCUGAGCCCUGAUGUGAGGCGGCGGCGCCCCCGGCCCGAGCGCGCACCAUGGGGGCCCCGCUCGCAGUGGCGCUGGGCGCCCUCCACUACCUGGCACUUUUCCUGCAACUCGGCGGCGCCACGCGGCCCGCCGGCCACGCGCCCUGGGACAACCACGUCUCCGGCCACGCUCUGUUCACGGAGACACCCCAUGACAUGACGGCGCGGACAGGCGAGGACGUGGAGAUGGCCUGCUCCUUCCGUGGCAGUGGCUCCCCCUCCUACUCGCUGGAGAUCCAGUGGUGGUACGUGCGGAGCCACAGGGACUGGACCGACAAGCAGGCGUGGGCCUCAAACCAGCUAAAAGCAUCUCAGCAGGAAGACCCAGGAAAGGACGCGACCAAAAUAAGUGUGGUCAAGGUGGUGGGCAGUAACAUCUCCCACAAGCUGCGCCUUUCCCGGGUGAAGCCCACAGAUGAAGGCACCUACGAGUGGAACCUGGCCGUGUCCUAG